AUGACUUACCAACCCGCUAUCAUGAGUGUGUCCCUCGGGCGUGCUUGGUUGCACGACCUCGACUACAAGUUCGAUCAAGCCGCCAAAGCGGGGUUUAAAGGUAUCGAGAUCUUCUACGAAGAUUUGGAAUACGCCGCGCGCAAGAUCUCAGGAAACGAUACACCAACUUCUGAGCACAUUUUGCAAGCAUCGGAACAUGUCAGUUCCGCGUGUCAAAGCCGUGGUCUCGAUAUUAUCGGACUUCAGCCAUUUCUGUUCUACGAAGGUCUCAAGGACAGGGAUCAACAUGCGAAGUUAAUCGAGAAGAUGAAGCUCUGGUUAAAGAUUGCAAAGACUCUUGGCACAAAUACAAUUCAAAUCCCUGCCAACUUCCUACCGGCUAAGCAGUUGACCGGUGACUUUGAUAUCAUCGCUGCCGACCUGCGCGAAGUGUCAGACAUGGGUGCCGCAGUCGAUCCUCCGGUGCGCUUCGCAUAUGAGAAUCUGUGCUGGAGCACACAUGUCGAUACUUGGGAGAAGGUGUGGGAUGUAGUCAAACGUGUUGAUCGUCCGAACUUCGGAAUGUGUCUUGAUACUUUCAAUAUUGCCGGUCGGGUAUGGGCGGAUCCGGCUUCUCCGACAGGCAAGACGCCCAACGCAGAUGCCGAUCUGAAGGCUUCAAUGGAGAGACUAGUGAAGGAAGUCGAUGUUGCGAAGGUUUUCUAUAUGCAGGUUGUUGAUGCUGAGCGCAUGGAAUCACCUCUUGUUCCAGGUCACCCCUUCCACGUGGAUGGUCAACCGGCGCGGAUGAGCUGGUCGCGAAACGCGCGGACUUUUAUCUAUGAGACGGACCGUGGAGCUUACAUGCCGGUGGAAGAUGUAGUCAAAACAAUCAUUUUUGGGCUCGGAUAUAAAGGUCCUGUAUCUAUGGAGCUGUUCUCCAGAACAAUGUCGGACGAAGGCCAGCACGUCCCUGAUGAGCAUGCGACCAGAGGGAUUGCGGCAUGGAAGAAGUUGAAAGAGAGAUUAAACUUGAAUUAG